AUGGCGACAAGAGUACAAUUAGGAUGGUACCGAUGGGUACCAUUCCUCGGCUACCAUCACGUGCUGAUGAUCCUCAUCGCCGUGACGAUAAUCCUGCUCUCCCUCCUCCUAGCAGGCUGCUCCUCCUCCUCCCCCCUCAUCCCCGACAUCUUCCUCCUCUCCAUCUACUACGAAAAAUACACGGCCGUCCCCGACACGGCCCAGGUCGACUACCGCGUCUCGGAGGCGAUCUCCAACAUUGUCGGCGACGCCAGCCUCCAGGCCAGGGUCGGCUACUUUGGCAUCUGCAUCUCGACCGACGGCGGGAGCUGGCUGUGCUCCAACAAUGCGACCUCGCUGGCGAACGAGAUCUCGGUGGAGCAGGACCCGCUGAACCUGAUUUGGCUGUCGGCGCAGUUUAAGGAUAUGAUUGUUUUUCCCUAUCUCUUGAUCAUCGCCAUCAUCUUCGCCUUCAUCUGCCUCCUCUUGCUGGCUACCUUUCCCGGCUGGCACGAGGAGGAAGAUUCCGAGGGUUCAGAAAGAGAAGUCAAGCCUUUUCCCUCGAGACCGGUCAGCCAAGUCGCGCUGGCGAUUAUCUUCAUUGCGUCGAUUUUUGUGCUGGUUAGUGUGCUGUGGCAGCACACCGCGUCUGUGGCGGCGAGUAUUAUCGCGCAGGAUUUCGGGAACGGGUCGGUGCUGGCGGGGGUUGGGUCGAGUGCCAUGGUGAUGGGGUGGUUUAGUUUUACGUUGUUGAUUAUUGUUACGAUUGGGUUGUUGGUCAUGAUAUUGAGCAUGGCGGGUUCUGUCGGAUAUUAUGGCUUGAGGGGAAGGGGGUUAUGA